AUGGCCGACUUCUCGUGGCUCCGCAAGGUCGGCGCCACGCCCGAGGCCGUCGCCGUCCUCAACGACCAGCCUCAGCUCUUCGUCACCCUUAUCGUCGUCAUCCUCGGCCUGGCUCUCCAGUGCGUCCUCAUCUGGUACAUCCACUUCGCCACCUUGAAGCCCGAGCAAAAGAAGAAGAAGGCCAAGGACAACGGCAAGGCCGCUCCCGCGAGGAGGUCCUUGCGGCCCAUCUUCGGAGUGGAUGGCUUCGAAAUAGGAGGCCGGGACAACGAUUGA